CCUUGCUCUGUGCUCACGUUCACGAUCUAUAUUUGACUCGGACUAUAUCCUCACCGCUAAUGGGGAAAGGCCAAGUGGAAAAUUCGUGCUGCUCUAAAUAUAGCACCUGCCUCUCCGCAGCUGCUAGAUUUAGGAUGAAGCUUGGAGGCCACCGUCUGGCAGUCGCCGCCUGGGUGGGCUGCGGCAGUGCGCUCACUAACAGGAUGUCUCUACCGCCGCUUCGGGGCCGGAGGGCCGAAGAACAAGGCCAGCGGCUUGGGCUCCGGCCUCGGGGCUUCCAGGACGCGUCACGCGGGAGCGGUAUUGUGGGCCGGCUGCCUGGAAAAGGGAGAAGCCGACGAUGGAGUCCUUCAUCUAGCCUUCUCCUAGCUCAGAGUGGGCGCACGCGCCAGGGGACAUUUACGAACGAGGGAAUGAGAGUGAAUGCGAGAGUGAAUGGACUUGGGCCUUGCAAGAGGGGUGAGGGGAGACAGCGUGUGAGAUGCCAUCGCGGUUGAUUUGUCUCCCUGGUGCUUUAUGCUCCCGGGAGCACACUGGGGUAGGGGGUGGAGGGGACCUGAGGACGCGAGCAACAGGGAGAGCGUGGAAACCAGGUCCUGACAAUGGGUUCAGGAGGACGCAAUUCCAGCGAGAACUCGACCUCCGGGGAAGAGGUGUGGCUACGAGGGUACGCAGGGGGCGUGGCUACCAGUGUGUUGGGUGACGGCAGGAGGAGGGGGCGUGGCUACGGGGCACACCGGGCGGAAGAGCUGGUCCUGCGGAUACACUGCCCGAGUAGGCGGUGGGUUCCUCGUCCCAUCCCGGGCAACGCAGAAAGCUGAGCGCCUCCACCCGCCGAGCCUGCCGUCGCCGGGCCAUGUACUCGGGUAACCGCAGUGGCGGCCACGGUUUCUGGGAGGGCGGCGGAGCGGCGGGCGCGGAGGGGCCGGGGCCGGCGGGGACGCAGAGCCCCGCGCCGCUGUUCACCACGAGCACCUACGAGCGCCUGGCACUGCUGCUUGGCUCCAUCGCUCUGUUGGGCAUCGGCAAUAACCUGCUGGUGCUCGUCCUCUACUACAAGUUCCAGCGGCUCCGCACUCCCACCUACCUCUUCCUGGUCAACAUCAGCCUCAGUGAUCUGCUGCUGUCCGUCUUCGGGGUCACCUUUAACUUCGUGUCCUGCCUGAGGAACGGCUGGGUCCGGGACAGCGCGGGCUGCACGUGGGACGGGUUUACCAGCAGCCUCUUCGGGAUCGUUUCCAUCAGCACCCUAACAGUGCUGGCCUAUGAACGUUAUAUCCGCGUGGUCCACACCAGAGUGAUCCAUUUUUCCUGGGCCUGGAGGGCCAUUACCUACAUCUGGCUGUACUCGCUGGCGUGGUCAGGAGCCCCUCUCCUGGGCUGGAACAGGUACACCCUGGAUGUACACGGACUGGGCUGCGCAGUGGACUGGAAAUCCAAGGACGCCAACGAUGCCUCCUUUGUGCUUUUCUUAUCUCUUGGUUGUCUGGUGGUGCCUGUGGGCGUCAUAGCCCAUUGCUACGGCCAUAUUCUGUAUUCCAUUCGAAUGCUUCAUUGUAUUGAAGAUCUUCAGACAAUUCAAGUGAUCAAGAUUUCAAGAUAUGAAAAGAAAGUGGCCAAAAUGUGCUUUGUUAUGAUAUUCACCUUCCUGAUUUUUUGGAUGCCUUAUAUUGUGAUCUGUUUCUUGGUGGUUAAUGGUUACGAACAUCUGGUCAGUCCAACUGUAUCAGUUGUUUCCUACCUGUCCGCUAAAUUGAGCACUGUCCAUAACCCACUGAUUUAUAUCUUCAUGAUCAGAAAGUUUCGAAGGUCCCUUUUGCAACUGCUGUCUGUCCGGCUGCUGAGGUGCCAGAGGCCUGCUACAGACCUGGCAGCAGCUGGGAGUGAGAUGCAGAUCAGGCCGAUUGUGAUGUCCCAGAAAGAGGACAACAGGCCAAAGAAGAAGGUGACUUUUAACCCUUCUUCCGUCAUUUUUAUCAUCACCAGUGAUGAAUCACUAUCAAUUGACGACAGUGACAAGACUAAUGUCUCCAAGGGUGAUGUAAUCCAAGUACGACCUGUAUAAGAAUAAACAAUGGUAAGACGAGAUGGGUACUUCACUGAACACCAGCGUGAGACUCCCAUUAUGAGGAGUUUUGAAAUCCCUAUUCUAUGUAAUAUCAACUGAGCUUACACAGCCCCAAAAGAAAUUCAAAUUGUUCAUGUACUCUCCAGCCUCUGGGAGCAACUGAGCAAGACCAGUCCUUUCCGCUCAAUGGGCGCUUUAUAUAGUGAAAAACCUCAUGGGGGCACAAGACAGGUACUUAGCACCAUCAGCGUCUAACAUGUUAGAAACUUUCAUUUCAGAUACAGUUUUUAAACGACUGUAUUUCCCAAGGCGCACAAUACAUUGUUCCCCAAAAAUGCAUACUAUAUAAAUAACUUUGUCUCAUACACAAGUAUGAAAUAGCUAGAAAAGCUGGAAUUUGCUGGAGUGUUGGGUUCUAUUUGGUGUCAUGUCCAAUGUUUGACCAAUUAAAUUGAUCAGAGACAGUUCUAAGAUGAAACGUAAAUCAAACCCCUAACUCUAUCUGAAAAAAAAAAAAAGACUUGUUAUAUGUUAGUAUGGUAAAGAGGAGCUUCAGACAAACGUGCUGCUAAGUGAGCUCUAGGAGAUGCUACCAAAAAGCAACAAAACCAGAAAAAUAGGAUGAUGGAUUUCAAGGUCAUCAUGGUGUGUAGGCAGUCAUAUGUGAGCAGAGAAUGUACAUGGUAGGAAUCGUGUUGAUGGAAGACCGCUAUCCCCAUCACGGGUGUCCUACCUUCUGGUGUCUCUGGGCCACACUGGAAGAACCGUUGUCUUGGGCCACACAUUAAAUACACAAACGCUAACAAAAACUGAUGAGCAAAAAAAAAGGUUUGAAGUAAAUUUACGAUUUUGUGUCGGGCCACAUUCAUAGCCAACCUGAGCUGCAUGUGGCCUGUGUCCCACAGGUGGGACAGCCCUGAAUGUAUCAUUUCAAACAUGAACAUGGCAAGAUUACCUCUCUUUUUAAUAAUUUUCCACAAUUUUGCUAAGAGUUCUGGAUUUAAUUUCAAGAGACAGUUCCAAACAAGCAAACAAACUUACAUUUGUAGGGGGAUGAAAGUAAGUGUAGAACUGUAUUAAAUAAAAUAAAGUAUUUUAUUUAAUCUUCAUUACCAUUCAGUCAAGCUACUGGAUAACUAAUAGUAUACAGGCCAUUUUUCCAUGAGUCUUCAUUUAGCCUGAACAUGGAUUAUUAGAACUGAAGGACUUCUUUGACACUAUACAGGGGAAACAGUGAGAAAUGGUUGUAUUUAUUUUAUUGCCUCAUAUUUAUUUCUUAGAUGACUGUCCUACUAAUGUUGCAUUUUCAUAGUCCAUCAUCUUUGAAAGAUUCCUAAAUGAUUUACUUGGACUUUUGAAGAAGGAAGAAGAAACAAAGAACACAGUUUUCACUGAACAAAAUCAUUUUAUAUCUGGUUGUGCCACAGCAUGUAGUUCAUAAAGAAGUUAGUAAUUUGCUUCCAAAAGUCUGAAAUGAAAUAAAAUAUGCCUUCCUGUUUAUAAAAA